AUGGUCGUGCACUUUCCACAAUGCCCUGUGAAACAUCCGAUAAAAAAAUCCAUGGAAAAUGUUCGUCUACCUCGACUGAAUAAAUCCGAACAUGAUAUUCUUGAAAUGUUAAAUCUACGUCGCACGACCGUUAAACGUAAUCCGCAAACACCUUCUCUUGAUCGAUCGAAUGCAUUCUUACAGAUUCCACUAUCGACUGGAUCGAUUUCGUAUUCGAAACAAUCGUCGUUUGACGAUUCAAUGUGCCAUCAUUCAGUUUCCAACGAGCUUGACUCUGAACAAGAACAAGUAUCGAAUAAUCUUAGUAUAAAAUCUACUUCGUCAUACCAUAUAUACAAAUAUUCCCGACGUGAGAAGAAAAACUUCUAUGCGAGUGUCAAACGAGCUCGGUUAAAGAAACAGUAUUCACUAGUGAAGAGACCAUCAAAUCAUUCAGCACGAUUUAAUCAUAAAAACUGUUCGAUUAGAUUACCUACGCAGAUCACAUACCGUCAACGAUUGAACACGAACUCAAAUAAUUCCUACCCGUUAAUAUUUGAUCCGAAUUUUCAGUCAUUAGUACAAAUUUCAGCGAAUAAUCGAUUUGACAAAUAUUUAUCAAACAUGAAGAUUUAUUUUCAUUUAUUACAUUCAGUAGCUAGUCAAGAAUUUCAAAUAAUUGUAAAUAGUAACGAUCAACAACAUCAUGUAUCUUAUACCGCAUUUUCAUUUUUCAAUCUUCUCCGACGAGCCAUGGCGGACUUUUCCUUGAGUUUACAAAAGAACUUCAAGAGAAACUAUUUCCAAACAUUUCAACUUAAUGAGCAGCAGAUGUGCGUUCCAACCAAACAGCAACGAAUUGAACCUAUUCAUCUGGAUGAUGAUGGUGACUCACAGCAGCAGCCUGAAUCUCGAACAAAUCCUAUUUUACUACCAAAACCACCACCACCAGCGACGACGACAACAGUCCGUAACCCGAGUGUCACAGAGAAUGAUUCGCUACAGUUCAAUUCAACGAGCAUCGAUCGUCAACAACCUAUUGAUCGAACGAAUACGGAACCAUUUGCUGUUGCAUUCGCUCCGGUCAUCGAAAGGCAGAAAUCGAAUCAUCGAAGUUCGAGUCCUAUUCUACUAAAAAAACAAAAACUUGAGCCGAUUCAAAGCGAAGAAUCCAUUUCGACUUUUGAUCCAGUGCGCAUUCGUAUUAUAAACGACAUGAACGGUAACGAUAGAACGAAAUUAACACCAUCGCGUAAGAAGCCGUCGAAUUCAUCGUCUAAACUCGACGAAAAUUCUCCAAGUAAACGACCAUCUCGUAUGUCUACACGUAAAAGUUCGAUCAAGACUGAAAUCCUUAGUGAACCCGUUCCACCUUAUCAAAGUAUUCCAGUUCAACUUACUUCCAGUGAGAUAACGAGACAAUGGCUGACUCGGAAUGCAUUUUAUCGUUGUCAUGCCUGUUCACAUGAAGAAUUUUUUGUUGUUUUAUCACGUGAAUGUAUGAAUUUACAUAUUUCAUCGAAACACGGCAAUAUGGAAGAAAAUUUCAAGCAACGUCUAUCAACAUUUCUCAAUAAUAAAGGCCGUUCGAUAAAAAUCUUUCAACAUUAUCUUAAAUGGCAGAAGCCGUGGUCAGACAAAGAGGUCGAACAGAUUUUUAAACUAUCUAACAAAUGA